GCAAGCAAUAGGCCAUCAUCAAUCCGAGCUCUUAUUUUAAUGCUCUCAUAUCAUCUCGACCUGAGUCUUUCCUGAUCUUGCUCGUCAUUGUCUCUUGAUCUUCUAUUUUGAAUCAAGCUCCCCAAUGCCGCUAAGCUUCUUCCGCUGAUCAAGGAGAUCCCGCCCGUGGGCCAUCCGCGUCCACCCUCAGCCUCUUCCUUACCCUCGUGCUGCAAACUUGAAUGGCAAUUACAAUUCGAUAUCUUGCCGCGAGUAGGCAAUGGCCACCCGCCUGCCUCCCCUUUCUGAUGUGGCGCCCUCGUCGGCUCUAGAACUCUCGUCUUCCUCGCUGCCUGUCAUCCAACGCCCCCCGACCACCAAUGCGACAGCUGCGAAUGACUCAGGACCCGUGAAGCUGGAGGACUCUCCUACUCCCGUUGCGGUAACAUCGACCUCAGCUGAUGCUCUAUGCUCCAACCCUGCUGUCGGUAAUUCCAACAAUAGCCCCAGCCCGGUGGGAAAUGCCGCCGCGGGCCGAAAACGCAAGCUCAACAGUACCUCCGCCCGCGGGGUUGCUAACCUCACGCCCGACCAGCUUGCUAAGAAGCGGGCAAACGAUCGCCAAGCUCAACGGGCAAUCAGAGAGAGAACGAAGACACAUAUUGAAAAUCUGGAGCAACGGGUUCGCGAGCUUUCUUCGCAAAAACCUUUCCUAGAUCUUCAGGCUGCGCUGAAGCAAAAUGAAGCUAUUCUUGCCGAGAAUAGGGAGCUUCGGCGAGGGCUGAGAGCAAUCGUAGACACUAUUCAACCACUGCUAGGAAAGCAGGAUUCAAUAAUGCCUCCGGUAACAGCUCCUACCACGGCUAGGCCGACUGUGCCACUUAUACCCUCAGCAUCUCCACCUCUAGAGGUCCAUACUUUGCCGCCAAAUCCUCACAGGUCUGCGACAGUAGAUCGCUCCUAUACCGAGUCCGUCGCAAGCGUAGAGACACCUUCGUCAACUCAUUCGGCGCCGACACUGGGCUCCCGGCGCGACAGUGCAGCGGGGAAUAAUGCGUCUUUGCGGCUCGCAUUCGAUUACCAACGACACAACUUGCUUCAUGGUCUCGAUUUCGGGGGUGACGAAAGAAUGGGUUUCGGCUUCUUACUUGAACCUUCGCAACAAGUACCCAAGAUGGAAGGCUUUCGGCGUCCUUCAGAGGUUACUAGAUCUCAAUCGAGCAUUUCGUCGGCUUACAGUACUCCUCUUCCACCAGUUGGCACCGUGACAGACCAGCCACUGCCAGCCUACAUGACUCCAGUCCGGAAUAUCGCGCCAACCUGUACUUUAGAUGCGAUUCUGCUCGAUUUCCUCCACAACCGGCAAAGGGAGGCCGCAAAAGGGGUUCCGAAGCAGAAACUCGUUGGGCCAGCCUAUCCGAGCGUCUCCUCCUUGCUCAACCCAGAGAAGAGUGUCUACUCUCAUCCUCUCUCGAAAGUAUUCACGGAUAUCCUCCGUACAUUUCCAGAUAUCUCCUCACUCCCCGAACAAGUUGCUGUACUUUAUUCCAUGUUCCUCCUCAUGCGGUGGCAAAUAUAUCCGACAGCUGAAAACUAUCACCGGCUACCGGACUGGCUGACUCCUCGUCCAUCGCAACUGCUCACGCCGCAUCCUGCAUGGAUCGAUUAUCUUCCCUGGCCACGGAUGCGUGAUCGGCUUGUCAUGUCAUACCAUGAGUACCCAUUUGAUAACUGGUUCAUUCCCUUUACAAGAACUCUCUCUGUUAAUUGGCCUUAUGAGCCCACGGACUGUCUUCUCUCCACUGGCGAAACUGACGAACUGAUCAUCAACCCAGUUUUUGAGAGACACUUUGCGGAUAUUAAUAACUGGACUCUUGGACCAGCGUUCGCGGAGGCAUUUCCGCAACUGGUCGAAACUACCAAGAUAAAGCCUGCAUAAUUAGCUUGUCUUCCUUCAACUGUAUCUACACUUUACAAAAUAUAAGCGGCAACGUUUUGUCAUGGAUCUGAUUUUUCAUAUUCGGAUCCUGGUCAACAUGACAGCUGGCUUGAAUGGAUUUAAUAUACUGUGCAAAGCGGAGGUGACGGGCAUCCUUUUUUGCGGCGUUGAAACAUUGGUCAAAGAUUCCACGGGGCUUAUAAA